CAAACUGUUCCAGCUUAUCCUCCUCUCUUAUUGAUAUCCUCAUUGCUUCACAUUUAUUAACUUUUCAAUUAACUCAGUUUUUGCUCUAUACUUUUUUUUUGUAUCUGGAACAUUCUUUAAGCCUCUCUCUCUCUAUAAAUCCCUGAACCCUUUUGCUGCUACUCACAUUGUGUUUGGAACCCAAAAUGGCGAAAUGUUUAGAUCUUUCUCUGAUUCUCUUUGUUCUGUAUGUGUCCACUGCAGCAAUAGCCAUGGCAAGAAACCUUGGAGACGAAUCUAAUGAAGAUACAGAGUUCGUUAAAGCCUCUUGUGAGACAGCAACGUACCCGGAACUGUGUUUCCAGUCUCUGUCUUCUUACGCAAGCGAGAUCAAGAAGCGGCCACUUCAGCUAGCCGAGACAGCGCUUGCCGUCAGCAUGGCUCGAGCAAAGUCUGCCAAAACCUAUAUCUCGGACAUGACUGACUACAAAGGAAUCACCAAGAGGCAGCACGGGGCUGUGUUGGACUGUGCUGAAGAGAUGGGAGAUACUGUUGACAGGUUGAGCAAGUCGCUGAAGGAACUGAAGAGUCUGGAGGAAGGGGAAAGGGAAGAAGACUUCUGGUUCUGUUUGAGCAAUGUCAGGACGUGGACAAGCGCGGCGCUUACAGAUGAGACCACUUGUCUUGAUGGGUUUGGAGGGAAAGGCAUGGAUGGGGAGCUGAAAAGCUUAGUCAGAGCACACAUUGUGCGUGUGGCUCAACAUACGAGUAAUGCAUUGGCUUUGAUCAAUGUCUAUGCUUCCAAGCAUUGAAAAAUGUUGCAAAAGUUUGGUCUUGUGGACUUGCGUUUUUUUAAAUACUUUUGGAUUUGGUUUGCACUGUAUUUCCAAGAAGUGUGUUUUGGUUUUGUUCAGAGUCAUAUCUGUUUUCUCUUGCCACCUUGUUAUAUCAUCUAUGGUCUACAUAGUUUGAAGCUGUUGAUUUUGAUGUUUGAUUGGUGAUAUUAUAUAUAGUAUUGUAAGCCAUGAAAAGUAUAUUGCAAUCUUCUCUUUUAAACC